ACGCCAGCUCCGCGGAGGCGGCCGGCCGCCCGCUCGCAGUCCGCUAGGAUAACCGGCGGACGCUCUGUGAGACACCGUCGUCAACAACAACAGCAGCAACUCGAUAGAGACACUAGAGCGCGGUACAGCUCAGAACCGCGGUUGGCCGAAGCAGAAACUCCACCGCAAGUUCGAAGACAGGCCUCCGCGAGACGCAGACCCCCGGCCGGUCAACACAGCCAGCCGAGACGCUCCAAUGCAUUCUUGGACGUCCCAAAACAACACCAACCUGAAGAAGAACCUGACGAAGAUUCGUACAGGCUACGCACAUUCAACAUAACGCAGAAAGGAGGCAUUGUGAACCGUGGAGACUCGUUCCGACGCCGCCGCUCCCGUUCCGGCAGCCUGGCACCAGCAUCGCCAGCGGCACCAGAAACCCACGAGCGCCGCCCGGUCGCGUGCCACCGGGUCGCGAUGGUGGGCGCCCCGGGGGUGGGGAAAACAGCUUUGAUCAGCCAAUUUCAGACCAGCGAGUGUAUCAACGCAUAUGAUAGGCAGAGGGAUGCAGAUGGCACAGAGCAGAAAGUAUCGAUACUUCUGAACGGCGAGGAGUCAGAACUGUACUUUGUAAACUGCACCAGUACAAAGGAAGAGAUAGACCGCUCGGAGCCUCCAGAUGCUUUCGUGAUCAUCUACUCGGUGGUGGAUAAGGCCUCGUUCCAAAAGGCUGAACAGGAACUCUCCAGAUUGCUGGACUGCGACAUGCUGAGAUCGAGACCAGCUGUGCUGGUUGGCAACAAAAUCGACUUGGCUAGAAGUCGCGCUGUGUCUACACAAGACGGCAAAUGUCUAGCCUGCACAUACAAAGCGAAGUUCAUUGAAGUAUCAGUGGGCAUCAACCACAACGUCGAUGAGUUGCUCGUCGGUAUUCUAAAUCAAAUACGCUUGAAAAAGCAGCAGUACUCCGCCGAAGGGGGCCGAGAGUCUUCCCCCGCGCACUGGUACAAAUCGCGAGGCGUCGUGCGAGCGAGCAUGAAAGCGCGGCAAAUGCUCACAUGGAUAUUCGGCAAGGAAGAUUCGAAAUUCAAAAAUUGUGAGAACUUACACGUCCUGUGAGUGGAGAGCGAAGGCCCCGUUUUUGUAUAGACUAUAAAACGCGGGUGGACAGUGUUACCAUGUUAAGUGUAAAUGCGCGCCAUGUUAAAUUCCGAAUCCUUGAUUUUCGAAUGUUCAAAACAUUUGA